AUGAACGGCUGGGGUAUAUCUAGCGGAGCAUGGUUGGAGACGGCAGAACCUCACAGCUUCCACCAGCGUCACAUCUCGUCAAGUCAACCAAAUAAGAAAAUGAAUAAGUUGGUCUUGAUCUCCUUCUUGGCCGCUUGCUUGGUGGCCCUCGCCCAAGCCGAAGACAACCGCCCCAGAUUUAGAACCGAAGCUUCCAGGACCCAGCAGGGCGGGGAACGACACGACACCUACAGGAUAUCCCAGGACGCCUGGAGAUCGAAGAUGGUGUUUUCUCCUAUGAGGAUACCUCGAAAACAACAGGGAUAG